UCUUCGUCCCUCCACGGGCACCAGAACGGCUGAACUCUGCGCUUUGGACGUCUCUGGUCGGAGUCGAUCCAUGGCAGAGCUCAGAGCCCUGGAAGCUGAGAUAGCCACCCUGCAGCGGGCGUGUGAGGAGCUGCCGGCGCCCUGGGGAGACGCCCCCCAAGCCAGAAAAUCACUUAAAGAAAUGCAACAACUAAAUUCUGAAAGAUGGGAACCUUUAAAAGAUCUGAGAAGUUAUGUUGAACAUUUAGAAUCGGAACUUAAGUUUCUAAGUACACUUACUGGCAUCAAUAUAAAAAACUACUCUAAGAAGACAGAAGAGCUUAAAAGCAUAGAGACGGCAGAGAAUAGUAUAAAGAAAGUUCUUGAGAGACAUAGACUAUCAGGAAAUUGUCACAUGAUUACAUUUCAACUUGAAUUUCAGAUUCUGGAAAUACAGAAUAAGGAGAGUUUAUCUUCUGUUAUUACUGACCUCAAUAUAAUAAUGGAGCCUACAGAAUAUUCAGAAUUAAGUGAAUUUGUGUCUAGAGCAGAGGAAAGGAAAGAUCUCUUCAUGUUUUUUCGAAGUCUGCACUUUUUUGUGGAGUGGUGUGAAUAUCGUAAGCGCACAUUUCUACAUUUCAAGGAAAAGUACCCAGAAGUUGUGCAUCUUCCAGAGGGGGCCUCCUCUAGCUACAUGGAGGUCCGGAGCCCCAGCCAGUCAGGAUUUGAAUUAGUAAUUGUCUGGAGGAUACAAAUAGAUGAAGAAGGGAAGGUUUUGCCAAAGCUAGAUCUUCUCACCCAAGUGCCUCAGCAAGCCCUUCAACUGGACAAGAAGAGAGUCAUAGAAGCUGCUCCAUUGAGCUUCCGAACCUUGCUCGGCGUGCUCGGCAUUGAAGCCACUCUAGAGAGCCUGGUAGCAUCACUCUGCACGGAGGAAAACAACUAGGAACCAGUGAGUGCACCUGA